AUGGCUGAAAAAUAUUCAAAAAUAUAUAGAAACUCAUCGAAAAGUGAUAAAAAUUACAAACAAAGAAGAUCUCAUUAUAGUGAAAGUACAACUCCACCAUUACCAAAACAACAUGGUAAUAGUAUAGAAGAAUUGAUGAAGCAAAGGCAAUCUAUCAGAGAAGAAUUAAAAAAUAUUGCAAACUCGAAAACUAAAAGUGAUAUAAAAAUUAGGGAAAGUAAGAAACGGAGGCAUGAAACUAUAGAUAAAGUUGAAAAUAAACUAAAUGUUCCUACCAAAGUUUCAAAACACGAGUCCUAUAAAAAAGACUCUUCACCAAAAUAUAUUAAAGACUAUUUUCAGUUAGAUUCUGAAGAUGAGGAAAAUAUAAUUGAACAGAGGAGAAAAGAAAGAAAACAAUUAUUAGAUAAAUUAGGCAAAACUGAAGAAAAAUUGGAAUUGAAUGGAACACAGUGUGAAAAAAUUCAAGAGACACUAAAUUCUCAUCAAAAUCAAAAGUAUAUUGAGCUGAAAAGCAAAACAACUUCUGAGAAAUUAGUUACUGACAUGUUUUCAGAAGAGGAUUUCAAACUAGAUAAUACUUCUGAUAAAAUUACACAAGACAGCGAAGAAAAUUCAGAAUUAAAAGACAAUUGGGAUGAUUCCGAAGGUUACUACAAAAUUAAUGUUGGUGAUAUGAUAAACAACUCAAGAUAUACAAUAAAAAAUCUAUUAGGACAAGGUGUUUUCUCAAAUGUUGUAAAAGCACAAGAUAACAACCAGGACAAACUUGAAGUCGCUAUUAAAAUAUUAAGAAAUAAUGAUUUGAUGCACAAAACGGGAUUGAAGGAGUUAAAAAUGUUGAGAGAAAUAAAUGAUGCUGAUCCAAAUGAUAAGUUUCAUUGUGUGAGGUAUCAAACUCACUUUAUACACAAGGGACAUCUUUGUUUAGUGCUCGAAUCCCUACAUAUGGAUCUGAGGAGCGUCCUUAAAAAAUAUGGAAAGCACCAUGGCAUUAACAUCAAAGCAUUGACAAGUUACAGUAGACAACUGCUGCUGGCUCUUAGACUAUUAAAAAAAAUUGGUAUAGUACAUGCAGAUAUAAAGCCUGACAAUAUAUUAGUCAAUGAAAAGAAGAAUGUCUUGAAAUUAUGUGAUUUUGGCUCAGCUUCAAAAGUUAGAGAACAUGAACCCACACCAUACUUAGUUUCUAGAUUUUAUAGAGCACCUGAAAUAAUUCUAGGCAUACCGUAUCUACAUAGUGUUGAUGUGUGGUCAGCUGCUUGUACAAUUUAUGAAAUGGCAACGGGAAAAAUACUUUUCAUGGGUGGAUCUAAUAAUAAAAUGCUCAAAUGUUUUAUGGACUUAAAAGGAAGAUUUCCAAGUAGAAUAAUAAGAAGAGCGAAGUUUAAGGAUCAACAUUUCAAUUACAAUAACAAUUUUCUUCUCCACAAAACCGAUGAGUUCACAGGAAAGGAUAAAUUUGUUGAAAUUAGCAAUAUUAUUACUAAUAGAGAUUUGUAUAAAGAAUUAAAGAAAGGUUACAAAAAUGCAUCGAGCUAUGAAGAAGAGAAGAUAACACAAUUAAAAGAAAUGCUAGAGAAAAUGCUUACAUUAGAUUCUAACUUUAGAGUGUCUGCCACCGAUUGUUUGAAACAUCCAUUUAUUCAGGAUAUACUAAAAAAAUAA